GGAGAACUGGAGCAGAGGGGAUAUAGCCCUCUUCACAUCAUUCGAUUGAAGCGCAGCGGCGGCGCGCCCAUGCCUUUGGUGGUCGUGAUACUGCCCAAGACUGAAAAGUCUCAGCAAGUGUUCAACGAACACGAACUGCUGGGACUGGUCAUUCGAGUUGAGGUUCAGAAGAACUCCAGACUUAUUGGGCAGUGUCACCGCUGCCAAAAGUAUGGGCAUGCGCAGUCAUAUUGCACUGCACCGCCAAAUGCUUAA